AUGCUAAGUUUUAUUUUGACAAGCUUGACGCUGGUCCCGUUAUCUUACAGUUAGUAACUGUCCGUGUGUGGCGUGAACCUGAAACAUCGUCCAGGGAUGAGACUAAAGGGAAAAGAAGUAACGUUAGACGUUCGUCAGAAAACUGUUAUGAACUUCACCUGCAGGACUUGGAAAAUGUUUUCGCUGCUGAAAUGGUGGAUUUUAAUCGUUUUUCUGACAGAUGUCCUCCUUCCCCGUUGCUCGGGGGUUCAUGUGUUUGUGAGAGAUGAGAAGAGGUAUGCUGUGCUGUUCCAGUCGGUGGUUCUGCCGUGUCAGUACAACAGCGUGUCCACCCAGGUCCCCGUGGUGCAAUGGGUCUACAAGUCCUACUGUCAGGACCGCACGCGGGAUUCAUUCAACUUCCCAGACAGCAUGAGUGGAGGCCAGGGAGGAGGGGGGCUAACGAGUGGAACCAGAGGAACCGGCCGAGGGUAUGAGGCGGGGAUGACCGCAAGCUACCUUGACUGCUCUGACAGCAGCCGGACGGUCCGAACUGUGGCUUCCAUGUCUGGUUCCUCAAUCACACUGUCAGAGUACUACAAGAACAGAGACAUCUCCAUCAUCAACA